UUGUUGUCUCUUGGCGUUUUAUAAUCGCCGCCGGUACGAGAGAAGUGCGUGCGUUCGAUCUCUCUUCUUCUCGUUAAAAUCCUAAACGGAGAUUUCUGUAUUAGGUUUUUGGUUGAGAGAUCGAAGAUCGUGUAAAAGCUUCCGAAGAAAUAGUUUUGGGAUCGUAAAAUCGUAGUGGAGUGAUUGCGAUUAUCUAUAGAUGGCGUCAGAGGAUGUGAAGAGGAGCGAAUCGGCAGCAGUUUCAACGAUCGUGAACCUGGCGGAGGAAGCGAGGGAAGGAGUCAAAGCUCCGAGCUAUGCUGUCCUCAGCAUCUGCAAGUCUCUCUUCGCCGGUGGCGUCGCUGGUGGAGUGUCACGAACUGCAGUUGCACCUCUGGAAAGGAUGAAGAUAUUGCUUCAGGUGCAAAAUCCACAUAACAUAAAGUAUAGUGGGACAGUCCAAGGGUUGAAGUAUAUUUGGAGAACCGAGGGACUUCGUGGACUCUUCAAAGGAAACGGUACUAAUUGUGCUCGUAUUGUUCCUAACUCCGCUGUUAAGUUUUUCAGCUAUGAGCAGGCUUCCAAGGGUAUUCUGUAUUUGUAUCGUCAGCAGCCAGGAAAUGAAAAUGCACAACUGACUCCUGUUUUACGGCUUGGAGCUGGUGCAACUGCUGGAAUAAUAGCCAUGUCUGCAACAUACCCCAUGGAUAUGGUUCGUGGAAGGCUAACUGUCCAGACCGCAAACUCCCCUUAUCAAUAUAGAGGAAUUGCCCAUGCUUUGUCAACUGUCCUGAGAGAGGAAGGUCCACGAGCCUUAUACCGUGGUUGGCUUCCAUCGGUGAUUGGAGUAGUUCCAUAUGUGGGCUUGAACUUUGCUGUCUAUGAGUCUCUAAAGGACUGGCUAGUCAAAGACAAUCCAUUCGGACUAGUGGAGAACAACGAGCUGACCAUUAUAACGAGACUCUCUUGUGGUGCUAUAGCUGGAACGGUUGGUCAAACAAUUGCGUAUCCACUGGAUGUGAUUCGUAGGAGAAUGCAAAUGGUGGGAUGGAAAGAUGCUUCCUCUGUCGUCACAGGCGAGGGGAGAAGCAAGGGUUCGCUUGAAUACAGCGGUAUGAUUGAUGCGUUUAGAAAGACAGUUCGUCAUGAAGGCUUUGGAGCAUUGUACAAGGGAUUGGUCCCCAACUCAGUGAAGGUUGUACCAUCAAUUGCGAUUGCAUUUGUGACAUACGAGAUGGUGAAAGACGUGUUAGGAGUGGAGUUUAGGAUAUCAGACUGAGUCUAUUUGAUGAUAUCUACAAGGCGAGAGAGAGCAGCACACUUCUAUUUUUGUAGCCGAGGAGAGACGGAAGAGAAGUUCAGAAGUUUUAGGGGCUUUUAUUUCAAACCUCCUUUCUUCAUCCGUGGAAGGGAUAUAAAAAGGCUAUAGGUCAUUCAUUAGCCAAACCUUUACUUUUUUCCUUUUUUUUUUUUCUUUUUCGUUCUCUCUAUUUUAUAGAUUGAGGUUUCUUCUGAAUCAGAAUAAAGUCGAGAGGCCAACUAUAUCAAAAACAUUCAUCAAACCUGUUUGCUGCUGGAGCUUGUGUUUGCAGGGUUUUGGUUGGGGUCUUUUGGCGUUAAGUUAUCAUCAUUGUUAUGACUCUUAUUGGUAACUUGUGGAUUAGUUGAAUAAUUCUGCUUGUAGUUUUCUUAUGAAUUCGUUUCCUGUGAGAUCAUAAGAUUUAUGAUGUGUGCUA